UUACCAAAACGAGUAUACAAAUCAAACUACUUUCGUUGACCUUCUUUUUUCCACAGCAUUCUACAACCCCAUUGGCUGCUAGUCUAAACAGCCUUGUUAUGAAUUACACAAGAUCACCUAAGCGCGGCUAAGCCACACCUUCUCUUCUCUCCCAGCUUCUGGUAAAUGCACCCGCCUCUGACCUAUCAACCCAUUUUCCCUUUCUCGUUCAUCUUCAAACUCCAAAAACCCUAAUUUGCAGAAACCCUCAUAUCAAAUUUUCGACUUACUGAAUACGCUCCGGUUUAAAUUUGUCGGCUUUAAAGUGAUGUCAGAGAAGUUCUCGGCGACGCUUCGAAUUGGAGAUCUCAACGAUUUCAUAGCGCCAUCUCAGGCUUGCAUAGUCUCUCUCAAAGGACUCAAAGCCUCCUCAACCAAGCCCUCUGCUAAGCCUGAGGUUUCAACUUCUAGCAAGCAAUUGAAAACAGAACCAGUUAAAAUUUCACUCAAAGAUUGCUUAGCAUGCAGUGGGUGUGUAACAUCAGCGGAGACAGUUAUGCUGGAGAAGCAAAGUUUGGAUGAGUUCCUUUUUAAUAUUGAUAAGGGAAAAGCUGUCAUUGUCUCCCUAUCUCCCCAAUCAAGAGCUUCACUUGCCGUGUAUUUUGGAAUUUCACCACUUCAGGUCUUUAGGAAACUCACGACUUUUUUUAAGUCAUUGGGUGUAAAGGCUAUAUUUGAUACAAGUUGCAGUAGAGAUUUAACUCUUGUUGAAUCUUGUAAUGAGUUCAUCACAAGGUACAAAAAAAGCCAGUCAACGGAUGAUAAAAGCUGUCAAUCUUCCUUGCCCAUGAUUUCAUCAGCGUGCCCAGGUUGGAUAUGCUAUGCUGAAAAGCAACUUGGAUCCUAUGUUCUUCCUUAUAUUUCUUCAGUGAAGAGUCCCCAGCAAACAAUUGGAGUUAUUGUUAAAAAUAAUAUAUGCCAAAAAAUGGGUCUUAGGCCGGCUGAUGUGUACCAUGUGACUGUGAUGCCUUGUUAUGAUAAGAAGCUUGAGGCUUCACGUGAUGACUUCGUUUUUGAAGUUGAACAAUCCAAAACUAAUGAGAAUGAAGGUCUUAUGGUUUCAGAGGUAGAUUCGGUGUUGACAUCUGGGGAAGUUUUAGAAUUGAUACAGUUAAAAGGAGUUGAUUUUAAAGGCUUAGAAGAGUCUCCUCUGGAUAGCAUGUUGACAAAUUUUAAUGAAGGGCAUCUUUAUGGAGUCCAGGGAAGCUCUGGGGGUUAUGCAGAAACAAUAUUCCGUUAUGCGGGUAAAGUGCUCUUUGGAAGAGAAGUCAAAGGCCCUGUUGAUUUCAGAACUAUUAAAAAUUCAGACUUCCAGGAAGUGACUUUGGAAGUGGAAGGGAAGACCGUAUUGAAAUUUGCACUAUGUUACGGUUUCCGGAACCUGCAAAACAUUGUCAGGAAAAUUAAAAUUGGAAAAUGUGAUUAUCAUUUUCUAGAGAUCAUGGCAUGCCCUUCAGGUUGCUUGAAUGGUGGAGGACAGAUUAAGCCACAGCCUGGGCAAUCUGCAAAGGAGUUGAUUCAGUUAUUACAAACAGCCUAUAUGGAAAACGUUUUGAUAGCGGAUCCUUUUGGAAACCCUUUAGUGCAAAGCUUAUACGAUGAGUGGCUUGAGCAUCCUGGUUCAGAGAAGGCUAAGCGACUCUUUCACACAGAUUACCACCCUGUUGUGAAAAGCAUAAGUUCUCAGUUACACAAUUGGUAAAUGAUUGACUUAACCUCCCGAACUCCAGUUUUCUCAACAAGGUGCGAACAUCCCUAGACAGUCCCUACUGAGUGCCGAGGCUAGUCAUCGUCUGGGAGCCUGUCAAAU